CGCUGAGAGCCGGCCCCGGCUGGUUGGAUCCUGUCUGACUUCUCCUCCAUUUACACGCAGGCACCGUGCACAUAGGACGCUCCCGUCUCCUCUCACCGAUUCCUCGCGCCUCUGAGCCACCUUCCCGCCCUUGCCUACAUUCGGGCUUAUGGCAAAAGCCGCCCGUGUGAUUUCUCCCUUGUGUUCCCACACCACUCUUUAAAAAUUCCGCCAAAAAAGAGAAGACGAUUCCCCAUAUCCUUUGGGCCGUUACCUCACGGCGGAUUUUCGGACAAGGCAUUAAACUAUCCAACAGGACUAGGAAAGGCGCUCUAUCGGGAGCAGUUUGACUUCAACGCGGAGCCGCCUUGGCAGCCUAGCUGAUGAUAGGAGGUUCCAUCUCCUAACUUGUCCAUUUUGUUGCAUAUUUUUAGGACCCAAAAAGACUUGUAGACCCCCUUAUUUGACGUUUCUUGGUUUAUGAUUGUCGGAUUUGCGGAAUACGGCUGAGAUGAAAGGUUUUAACGAAGAUCCAAACUACUCCAUUGGCCUAAUGGAUGAUGCGGCGACUCCUACAGAUGUCAUUAAUAACUACAUCUAUGAGCACACCCUGCAGACAGGGAAAAAUGCAUUCUUUGUUGCUGACCUUGGGAAGAUUGUCAAGAAGCACAUUGAAUGGCAGAAUAUCAUGGGGAACAUCAAGCCAUUUUACACUGUAAAGUGUAAUUCCUCCCCUGCUGUUAUGGAGAUACUAUCGGCCCUUGGGAUUGGAUUUAUAUGUGCCAAUAAACAUGAAAUGACGAUGGUCUAUGACUUGGGCAUAUCUAUGGAGAAUGUUAUAUAUACCAAUCCAUGCAAGCAAAUUGCUCAAAUCAAACACGCUGCCAAGCUUGGAGUAAACAUUAUGACUUGCGACAAUGAAGCAGAAUUGAAGAAAAUAGCACGCAGCCAUCCGAAUGCCAAGCUCUUGCUUCAUGUUGCAACAGAAGGCAUCAGUGGAGACGAAGAGAUGAACAUGGUGUUUGGCAGCACGCUGAAGAACUGCAGACACCUCCUGGAAUGUGCUAAGGAAUACAGUGUUCAAGUAAUUGGUGUAAAGUUCCAUGUGUCAAGCUCUUCCAGAGAUCCACAAGCAUACACUCAUGCUUUAUCUGAUGCCCGCUGUGUGUGCGACAUGGCAGAAGAGCUUGGUUUUAAGAUGAGUAUAUUGGAUAUUGGUGGAGGAUUUUCAGGGAGUGAACUUCAAUUGGAAGAGGUUUGUCAUGCUGUCAGCCCUCUGCUGGAUGCAUAUUUUCCUGAGGAAUCUGGAAUAAGAGUCAUAGCAGAGCCUGGAAGCUAUUAUGUUUCGUCUGCAUUUACGCUAGCAGUAAACAUCAUAGCAAAGAAGGCUGUGGAGCAUGAUCAACAUCUUCCUGGAGGAAAACAAACAAGUAACAGACCAGCUUUUAUUUAUUGCAUGAAUGAUGGAGUUUAUGGUUCGUUUGCAAGUAAACUAUCGGAAAGCUUAAAUACUGCCCCCAGAGUCCAUAAGACGUACAAGGAAGAUGAGCCUCUAUUUGCCAGCAGUCUUUUGGGUCCAUCUUAUGAUGAACUUGACAUAAUUGUGGACCACUGUCUUCUGCCUGAACUGAAUGUUGGAGACUGGAUUGUGUUUGAGAACAUGGGAUCUGGUACAAUCAAUGAACAGUCAGCGUUUUCAGAAGUGGAAAGACCGUCCCUAUACAACUUCUUGUCCUUCAGUGACUGGUAUGAAAUCCAAGACGCUGGGAUAACAUCAGAGACCUUGAUGAGAAGCCUGUGUGUGCCUUGUUUUCAGUACGGUGUUGACAGCUUCUCCACAGAGGCUUAGUAAUGAACUUUACUCAGAGAUCUACAGGUACAAGUCUUCAGCUUGCCCGGUCAACAUUCCAGACUGGAAAAAAAAAGAGAGCGCAUCUUGAAUUAACCUCAAUUCAAAACUUGAAGUUCAGUAACAUGAAAAAUGGGACCAGGCAAAAGCAGCUAAAGUGUGAGACACUGGGACGAGCGUUAGUUAUGUCUUCAUGUACAUGUGCCAGCUUUCUCCAUCCCCUGCACAGUUUGAACAAAAUAUGCAACAAAAUGGAUGACUUAGUUGAGAUGGAAACCAUGUCCUUGGGUUCCUUGUAAGUUUACAUAAGUACACCGUUUUUAUACUAAGGAUUCCUGUUAGUCUUGUAAAUUUAUUGUCUCCUCCAGUAAAACAUGUCUUUUGAGAGACCAGUGUGUGACAUAGAUAAUGUCUAGUGUGUAGAAUGUGUAAAUUUGUGCUAUGACCCGUAGUUUAAUAAAUGUAAAUUGCAUCGUAUUUUUAUUUCAUUUUUUGCAACCUGACAGUAACAUGAUCGCAAUAAACUUUUGUGUAGAA